CUGCAAAACUUGUUUUCUUUCUGGAUAUUAUCGGUUUCAUAUUUAAAAUCUUCGAUACAAAAACACCUCAGUGAAAAAGUGUCUUUAGAUGUAGUCCAAUAGCGUUUAAGCUGAUGUGGAACAGGCUGGUUUCGGAACCAAUUGAAGAGACUUUUGGCACUCCCUUACCUUUCAGGACGCUCCACCUUUAGGCAUGCCCAUUUCUCAGACCAUGCAGGUAGAUACCCCUGUCUCUAUAAAUGCCCCAAACCAACGUCAAGACGAAAGCAACUGUGAAACUCAUUGCGUCUCAAAAUGUCGUCCGACUUGGCGAAACACAUAUUCACCUUUCUGUGUACAAACGAGGGAUGUUCGGAUUAUGGUAAAGUGGAGAAGAGUUUAGGGCAGAGUUUCACGGUGGCGGAUCAGGUGUUGACUAUGGUGCUCGAUGAUCAGGAGAAGUUUGCCAUUAAAGAGGAUGAUGACUCCAACAUCAGCAAGUCCGUUCUGGGAGCCAAAAGCCUGAUCGUCGCCAAAACAUCACUGCGAGUGUGUAAGAAUGACAAAUGUGUGGGGUGUGAAGAGCUGCACCUGUGCAGGUAUCUUGUGUGUGGAAACUGCAGAUUUGGGACAAAAUGCAAAAAGUCCCAUGACUUGGGCUCGGCAUACAAUUUGGCUCUCCUUAAAAAACAAGAUCUUCAAGGGCUUACAAGUGAAGAAUUGUUUCAACUUUUGCUUCAGAAUGAUCACUCAUUACUUCCAGAGGUUUGCUUCCAUUAUAACAAGGGGAAUGGAGAGCAUGGCAGCUGUAAAUAUAAGACCUCUUGCACAAGCCUACAUCUCUGCCUGCACUUUCUCCAGGAGGACUGUAAGUUUGGAGCGUCUUGCAAAAGGGCUCACGCCUUUGAUGCAUAUGCUGAGAAAAUCCUGAACGGCAGAGGAAUCGGUCCGGAAAACAAGCGCAACCUGCAAAAGAUAUACAGGAACAGGUUACUGAUCACUUCUUCUAAAGAUAGACCUGUUAGGAAGACAGAACUACCAGCUCCACCAGUCGUGAAAGAACCCACCACCAGCUCCGUCAGUGAAGCGGAUCAGAAUGAAAUCUGUCUCUAUUUCUUACGCUCCGGAUGUAGUUUCAAAGACAAGUGCGUCCGCGUUCACCACCCUCUACCCUAUAAAUGGCAGAUUUUACAAGUAGACGGGGUCACAUGGAGCGACCUGGCAAAUGAAGAUGAGGUUGAAAAAGCAUUCUGUAACCCGGCCAGUGAUGUGAGGUGUGAACAUAUUGUUUGUGGAUUGUGGUUAUGUAGAUUUCAUUCGGAUGAUUUUAAAAUAAUUUCAACCUGUUCUGAAUGUUGUAGCAUUACACCGACCAGCUCAGGACAUCAGAUUGUAAAUUUGAUCUCAAUGACAUGUGGAGAGUCUUCGGUACGUCGACUAUCCACAGCACCAUCUGUUACGAAACCCCCUCACUUCAUUCUGACCACCCAAUGGCUCUGGUACUGGAGGAAUGACGAGGAGGAGUGGAUGGAAUAUGGCAAAGGGGACAAUACAAAUCUUGUCACUUCUGAAACCCUUGAGAAGGAUUACAUCUCUGACAAUGAAAAGGAAGUUCCCUUCGACUCAGACGAGCAUCAGUACAUUCUCACAUUUAAAGGCAUGUAUCAGAGAAAUCUCAAGUACAAGACUGUAAGAGAGAUUAGAAGGAGGCCACGUUUUGUUAGUGCUCAAGACGCCAAGGGGAAGAUAAAGGGAAGCGAGUCUUCAGACAGCUCCACGUCGUCUGUGGAAGUUCCUUCUUACUGGGACAAAGGAUCCCUCCCUAGUUUCACAUACAUGCGUGUUCCACUGCAGAUGUCUUCUAAGGAAUACCUAAGAGUGAGCUCACUGUUUAGUAGAACAAUGCCCAGAAGCACCAUUCACAGCAUUGAGAUAGUUCAGAAUCUGUCCCUGUGGAGGGUCUUUCAGUGGCAAAAAGAACAAAUGACAGGGAGAAAUAAAGGAAAGGAGGUCGCCCAGCGUCAGCUCUUUCACGGUACGAAUGAGGAUCUGAUAGAUCCCAUCUGUGAUCAGAACUUUGACUGGAGGGUCUGUGGACAUAACGGGACCCUUUAUGGGAAAGGCAGCUAUUUUGCCAGGGAUGCAUCCUACUCUGACACAUACAUCAAAUCCAGGACCAACCAAAAGAAGAUGUUCCUGGCUCAGGUGCUGGUGGGAGAGUUUACGAGAGCUCAGAGUAGUUUAGUUCGUCCUCCAGCGAAGACCAGUAAGAGUUUUUAUGACAGCUGUGUUGACAGUGAAUCCAACCCAGCAAUUUUCGUAGUUUUUGAGAAGUUCCAAGUCUAUCCUGAGUUCAUCAUUGAAUAUUCAUAAUCAGACCAGACGGUUCAGAAAGCCUGUCAUUUCUGCCUGUUAUAUCAUGGAAAUACAUUUGAACAUAAUACAUUCAAUUCUAAUGCAGUAUUCACUGUAUUCGUUUUAAUUAAUAGGUGAUUAUUACUACAGUCAGUGAUUUACCAAUAAUUAUAAAUCAAUCGCAAUAAUAAUCAUUGUGAUUACACUAGAUUUGUCUGGUUAGUUUUUGUGCUAAAUUCAAAACGAUUUAGUAAUUUAAUGUAAUAAGAGUCUGAAUGAACAUACCUGUUCACUACUGAUGCCAGUUGUUUUAACUUUGUUUAUUAACUUUAUAAAUUCUAAAAAAGUUUUAUAUAGAGUAAAUAAUGUGUUUUACAGUAUAUACGGUAUGAUAAAGGUGGAUGGGACUCAAUUGCUGAUACUGUUUCUGACAGGUUACAGUAAGUUAGUAACAAGUAUACAGUACAGUGACAAUGUUUGUUAUGUACUUGUUAUAAGUAAGUAUGUGAAAUGUAUAUGAAGUACACAGUAAACUUUCUAGUAUCUAGUUAUUGCGACCUCUGGUGGUGAGCUUGAGAAGUAAAUGUUUGCAAGUUAGACAUUUUUAUUCAAUUUUUUCUUUUAAUAUAUCAUCUUCUGUUUAUGUUCCCUUUAUAUUGAGAAAAUAACCACUUUAACACUUGAUAAUGCCACAUUUAGCACAUCAGAAACCUUGUUAAUCACUUAACAUCUUUGCAGUCAAAUAAAGUACACAAUGUAAAGGCA